GAUCAUUAAGACGUCAUUUCCCUUGCGUGAGAACGAAUAAAACGUUCUUCCUCGAGCACACGGCGGCCAGGCGGCUAUUAUAUACUCGAACAAACGAGAUAACUUAUAACGUUUUGUCUCGUACGAGUUUUGUUUCGUACAAGACCGAGCGAUAUAAUUGCGUUAUAAAUAUCAAGGAAAUUUUGUCAAACGACUGUCCGCCGCGGCGUCCAUUUCCGGUCGGGCCGCGUAGCCAUUUGAAAUAUAUUCUUGAUUUAAUAGACAUAUUUGAGAUGGAGAAAUCCGCGUACAGCCAGACGAAUCCCGAGGAGGUGGAAAACCCGGGAUCCGAGAUUAAUUCUUACAUCAAACAGUUUAUGACGUUAAGAAAAUCGAUCGAAAAGUGUAACAAAGAGAUACAGUACUGGAGGAAUCAAAAGUCAAAGUUGCUCGAGAGUAACUGCAACAUCAAAACAAAUUUUGACACGCUGUCGCAACAAGUAUCCGAUAUCGAGGAAAAGAUAUUGGAGAACACCAAGAUCCACGUUUCGAAGAAGCAGGAGCUGAGGGAUUUGCAAAGUGCGAGAACGAAUAUGUCGCACAAACAAUGGAAUGACUGUUUGUCAGGAAUAGAAAGCUACGCGAAUGACUUUUCUCAGUGGAUAACGAAUUACUCCGGACACGUUUUGAUGAAGGAGAUUGAGAGCCAUGACAAAGAAUGCAGAAAGGUUGGCGAAGAACUUGCGAUUUUAAAGCGAGAAUUGGAGGCUAUGAUAGAAGAAUGCGACUUAAAUUAUAUUGAAGCUAACGUGGACGACAACGAUCUCUCAAUAAAUAUAAUAUCCGACGUCAAAUCAAACAACAACAAUCUAGUGAAAAAGAUCAGAUUGGAGAAGGACACGUUAAACAAGAUACAGAACAAAAUAAAGCAAAGCAAAAUCGUUAUUCUUAACAAAUCUAAGACGAAGGAAAAAACUAAUGUGUUCUAAUAUAUAUGAUAUGAUUUGUUUCUCCCUUUAUAUCGAUAAAAAGAGAUUUCAACAGUUUUAAAGAAUAUAAAUAACACACAC